GAAGCCAUGGCGGCCCCGGGCGCGCGCGGCCCCGGCCUGUCGGGCCUGCUGCCCGCGCAGACCCCGCUGGAGUACGCCCUGCUGGACGCCGUCACCCAGCAGGAGAAGGGCGACCUGGUCUACCAGUAUCUGCAGAAGGUGGACGGCUGGGAGCAGGACCUGGCGGUGCCCGAGUUCCCGGAAGGUUUAGAGUGGCUGAAUACAGAAGAGCCCAUUUCUGUCUACAGAGACCUAUGUGGAAAAGUGGUCGUCCUUGAUUUCUUCACCUACUGCUGCAUAAACUGUAUUCACCUAUUGCCUGAUCUCCACGCCUUAGAGCAAACAUACUCUGACCAAGAUGGUCUUCUGGUUGUUGGUGUUCACUCAGCUAAGUUUCCAAAUGAAAAAGUCCUGGAAAACAUUAAGAGUGCUGUUCUCCGAUACAAUAUUACACACCCUGUGGUUAAUGAUGCUGAUGCCAGCCUUUGGCAAGAACUGGAAGUUUCCUGCUGGCCAACUCUGGUCAUUCUUGGACCCCGCGGAAACAUGUUGUUUUCUUUGAUUGGAGAGGGACACAAAGAUAAAUUGUUUUUGUAUACUUCAAUAGCUCUAAAGUAUUACAAAGACAGGGGGCAGAUCAGAGAUAAGAAGAUUGGAAUAAGACUCUACAAAGACACUUUGCCACCAUCACCAUUGCUGUUUCCUGGCAAAGUGGCAGUGGAUGGUGCAUCCAAUAGACUGGUCAUAGCAGAUACUGGACAUCACAGAAUUUUGGUCGUUUGGAAGAAUGGCCAAAUUCAAUACAGUAUUGGAGGACCUAAUCCUGGAAGAAAAGAUGGGAUAUUUUCAGAAUCAUCUUUUAACUCUCCACAGGGUGUAGCAAUGGUGGAUAACAUUAUAUAUGUGGCAGACACUGAAAACCACCUUAUAAGAAAGAUUGACCUAAAUGCUGAGAAAGUGAGCACUGUAGCUGGUGUUGGAAUUCAAGGUACAGAUAAAGAAGGAGGAGCCGAAGGAGAACAGCAGCCCAUUAGCUCUCCUUGGGAUGUCGUGGUUGGAACAUUGGGUUCAAAGGACCAGAGAGAUGACGUUCUGUGGAUAGCCAUGGCAGGCACCCAUCAGAUAUGGGCACUCCUCCUGGCCUCUGGCAAACUGCCCAAGAAAAAUGAAUUAAAAAAAGGAGCCUGUCUGCGGUUUGCUGGGAGUGGAAAUGAAGAGAAUCGAAACAAUGCCUAUCCUCACAAGGCAGGUUUUGCCCAGCCUUCAGGUCUUUCUCUGGCUUCUGAAGACCCCUGGAGCUGCCUCUUUGUGGCAGACAGCGAGAGCAGUACAGUGAGAACCGUCUCUCUGAAAGAUGGAGCUGUGAAGCACCUCGUAGGAGGAGAGAGAGAUCCCAUGAAUUUAUUUGCUUUUGGUGAUGUUGAUGGACUAGGCAUCAAUGCAAAGCUUCAACACCCACUUGGCGUAGCGUGGGACAAGAAGAAGAAUUUGCUUUAUGUGGCAGACUCCUAUAAUCACAAGAUUAAAGUUGUGGACCCCAAAACAAAAAACUGUACAACGUUAGCAGGGACUGGAGACAUGAACACUGUCAUCAGUUCUAGUUUUACUGAGUCAACUUUUAAUGAACCAGGAGGCUUGUGUAUUGGAGAAAAUGGUCGGCUGUUAUAUGUAGCAGACACCAAUAAUCAUCAAAUUAAAAUAAUGGAUUUAGAAACAAAGACAAUUUCCAUGCUUCCCAUCUUCAGACCUGACAAUGCUGUGGUAGAUGGCCCAUUCCCAGAAGAAAAGCCGAAGACAGUACCCAAACUGCCAAAGUCUGCCCCGAGCAUCCGGCUUUCCCCAGUAGCUGCAUGUCCUGGCCAGACUCUUGAAUUCAAGCUCAGUCUGGAUCUCCCAUCAGGAACAAAGCUGACUGAAGGAGUUCCCAGUUGCUGGUUUCUAACAGCUGAAGGCAACGAGUGGCUUCUUCAAGGACAGAUACCAUCUGGAGACAUAGAGAAUAUUUCUAAUCAACCAACAAUUCUGCUGCCAAUUCCUGGUGAUUGCUUGUCACUUGAAGCCGUGAUAUCUAUCAGCGUGUUUCUCUAUUACUGUAGUGAAGACAGCAGUGCAUGCAUGAUGAAAGGGAUUUUGUUUAGUCAGCCCUUACAAAUAACUGAUACACAACCAGGUUGCACAGCUCCAGUGGAGCUCAGGUAUGUAUUUUAGUAAGCCAGCUAACAAUCCCUCACCACUGGCCCCUCCACAAUCCUUACCAUCCCCUGUCACUCUGGAACAAAACUUUAUUUCUGCAUUAUUUCAUUGCUCAGUUUCAGCAACUAAUACUAAAAUAAAGCUAUGUUCCUUAUUUA